AUGCGCCAGGUUGGUAUCAGAGCUCUGCUACGCUCCGAAACUUUCUCAACCACUACGAUGGUACGAAAAACUCGUUCUCAGCAAAUCGUUGAUGACGAAGAUAUCCCCUCUACUCAACAUUCCGUCAAUGAGCUUCAGGCUCAAGUUACAGCGCUUGUGGCCGCGGUAGCCGCGUUAACCACACAGAACGCCGCUCCAGCCCUACGCAACAGACGGGACACACGACCUAAUAGCCAUGACGACUCGGAGGAAGAAGAAGACGAUGACAAUCCGUUCGCUCCUCUCCGACGAACUAACCAGAACCGCAACAACAAUAACGACUUUGACUCUGAUAACGAUGUCGACAAAAAAUCGUGGAAAUCUAGUUUCAAACUUGAGAUUCUUGAAUUUAAGGGUUCAACCAUACCAGAAGAAUUGUUGGAUUGGUUUGUCACCGUCGAAGAGAUUCUUGAGUUCAAAGAAAUCCCAUUGGAUCGUUGUGUCCCCUUUAUCGCAAUACGAUUCCGAGAUCGGGCACCUGCCUGGUGGUCGCAAACAAAAACAACGCGCACUCGUCUAGGGAAAUCUAAAAUCUCUACUUGGGCUAAACUCAAGAAGAAGAUGCAAAAAAAAAUUUUACCUUACAAUUACGAUCAACUAAUGUUCCAAAAACUGCAGAGUCUUCGGCAAGGGAGUCGAACUGUUGAUGAAUAUGCAACAGAAUUCUUUAAGAUGAUCAAUCAUGUGGAGGUACGAGAUUCAGAGCAACAACUGGUCAUGCAAUUUAUUGGAGGCCUACGUCAACAAAUUCAGCUCACCUUGAAUCUUUUUCAACCACAGUCCCUCUCCGAAGCUCACCAACAAGCUAUAACAGUGGAGAAUCAAUCUCGUAUGGGUUCUCAACCUUGGGGUUCCACCCGACAGAGCCGCACUACUACAACACCAGCAACCGUAACCACGCCUGACGCCACCACCAACAAGUCGGAGACAGCAAUUGUCCCAGCAAAUGCAGCACAACAGGCGCGACCGGGAGGGCUCCGGUGUUUCACGUGUGGUGAAUUAGGCCAUCGCCAGUCAGCAUGUCCAACACGUACACGCCGAGGACUGCUCUUAGAAGAAGUAAACAAUGAUCAAGAGCCAAUUUAUGACGAAGAACCAGAGGACGUAGAAGAAGUUUACCCCGACAUUGGCCAUCUCCUUGUGGUCCGACGUUCAUGCCUUGCGCCUCAUUCUGAUGUGAAAUAUCCCCAGCGCAACAAACUUUUUCAAUCUUGCUGUACAAUCAACGGCAAAGUUUGUACAUUUGUGAUCGAUUCGGGUAGUUCCGAGAAUGUUAUCGCUGCAGAUGUUGUAGCUAAACUUGAUCUCAAAGACGAACCUCAUCCUUCACCAUAUAAACUAGCUUGGCUCAAGAAGGAUCAUGAUUUGAUAGUGACUCGCUGA